AUGGGACGCCCAAAGGUCCUUCCAGCGAACCGCUUGCGGGCCAACACCGCCUGUACAGCCUGUCGCGCGUCUAAGAAACGAUGCAGCGGCUCUUUCCCAUGCACAAAUUGCAUCAACAAAGGUCGCGGUCACACUUGUAUUCCGUUUAAAUCGAUAUCAGCCUCGGAGUCUCGUAGCCGCCGUCAAUCAACUGUCUCCCGACAGCCUAUAAAAAGUACCCCCACGGCAUGGAAUGAGCUCAACACAAAUCUACAAAGCCCUCAAUCCUCGCAGAUUCAAGAUGCAAGUCCCUCCGACCGACACAUUGCACGUCCAAUCGAAGCGGGUUCGAGAUCACCAGAAGCUACGCAUCGCACCCAUCCUCGCAUGUUGCGGAAUCUUCAAGGAGAGAGAGUUUAUGUCGGCAAGGCUGCCUCGCUGUCCUUUCUCCAACUUCUUCGUGAAACUGUCACUCAACAUAUUGGACCGUCACAAUUCUCACAUAACUACAGGAGCGAGGAUAUGCUAGAGACGGAGGCUCAUCAUGAUCCACUUAAUUUCUCGGAAGAACACUGUAGUGUCGAGGCCAAGCGCCGCUUUAUUCAAACGUUCUCCAUCGCGACGAGUGGCUUCAUCUAUCUGGGAUACGAUAUUGAGGCACUUUUAUCCGAUCAAAGCGAGCCGAAGACUAGCCGCGAAGAGAUUCAUGCAGCCAUCCGCGAUCUGAUGAUCGCCAUCGGAGCCCAGUCAUGCCCUGAUGAGCCGGAAAAUGUCCAAAUAGAGCGAUUCUUUGUUGAGCGUGGUCAACGCAGAGCGUUCGCCAAUAUGCUCGAAGAUCCUAGCUUGGAUCUGGUAAGGGUAUUCCUGCUGCUGUCCUUUUACAUGUUCGGAGCAUGUCGUCGAAACGCGGCGUUCAUGUAUCUGGGUGUGGCUGCUCGGGCAGCCGUUGCAUUAGGACUUCAUGUAGAUUCUUCCGGUUCUCUAGACAGGGAUGAACAGAAAGAGAGAACUAGACUCUGGACGAGCCUUUGCGUGAUUGAUCUCCUGGCGAGCUCGAUCCUCGGCCGACCCGCUGCUACUGCAGGACUGCUUCCCGGAAGCCGCAGAGACCUGGAUAUAAUGAUGAAUACUACGGCUGAAGUGGGCUUGAUUGCUUCAUAUCAGCUGUCUUUGAUUGUUGAUGAAAUCACAAACUGUUUAUACAGCGAAAAAGCCGCUUCGAUCGAGAAGGCAGGCCUGCUCCUGGCAAAGCUCAACCGCUGGAGCGACCAGUUACCAGAAUGCCUCCGAACUCCAUCCUCUAAGAAUGAGGAUUCCGAUGCUGUACAGGAACGCAUCAUCGGGAAUAUGCAUGUUGCAUGCUCUUAUCAUUUUGCAGUUAUCCUCGUUACUCGACCUUUUCUCAUUUCAGCCCUGAGCGUCCGGCUGGCCCGGGUGCACCAGGCUUUUUCCUCCGAUGGAGCCAGCGAGCUAUUGGAGGAAGAUCCGGCUCAUUCGAGACUGGCGGCAGCAUGUAUUGACUCGGCAGUAUACAUGCUCCAAACAUGUAAAGAAAUUCAUCAAUCCGAACUGCUUCUUCGGCAAAUGUGCCUUUUGAAAGCCUUCGUGUUUGCAGCAGCACUAGUCCUAGGCUUCUCAAUGUUCUCCCAUCGCGAUGUCGACACCGAGAUCGACAACGCAUUCACCGGCGCGCUAUCCAUCUUACAAAUGCUAGCACAGCAAUCCGCACAAGCAGCCCACUAUCUAGAGAUCCUCACAUUACUCCAAGCAGCCGUGACACAACAACGACACCGUCUAUCAUCUCAAGCACGCCAACGACGGAGUCAGUACGUCAGUCGGAUCUUCAGUCUGAGCGAUACCCCGUCGACACCCCGGGUGCAAAGCGUGGAUAACGGCCGAGCUGGUAGUGCGACUCCACUUCUGGUACAGGGUGGUCCCUUUUACCCGUGGAUUCAAAAUGAUGAAGGGGCUGCUAUUGCUAUGCCGCCGAUCAUGGAUGGGGCAUUUCUGGAUUGGGAAGGGAUGGAGUUGCCGCUGUGGGAUAGUUUCCCUUUUACUGAGCCAGGCUCAUCUGUAUUAUGA